AUGGCCACCCGAGAGAUACGUAAUAAAUUAGAUGAGCAGAGGCAGUAUCGCAAAGACCGCGGCCGACACGACCGCGAUGCGAGAGAGCAUUGUUCUUCGGUAAGAAAGAAAAGAAGAAUGAACCCUGAUUUUGUGGAGAAAUGGGACGCUGCUGCCUUAAAGGAAUUAGAUGACUCAGCAAUUCAGGAAAAGAUUGACCACGAGGCACGUAUACGAGAUGGUAUUGUCAGGUUGUUGGCUGCCUGCCAUGAAGAGGUUCAAGCACUGGAAACAUCCAAAAAUCUUCUUACAAUAAAUGCUCGUAUCCUGGCACUGAUGGGACUGCUGCAAAGACACAGAGCAAAAUCUGUGAUGCUGAGAAAAGGAUCCAGUUCAUCAUUUCCUUUUGACUUGGAUGAUAAUGCAUCACCUUGCAAAGGAAUACUUUCUCUCUCAGACAUUCGUGUGCCUCUCAUGUGGACUCAAGAAGAUCACAAUAAAACAAAAGCAGAACAACAUCUCUAUUAUGUGUUCUGCCUACUGAAGCUUGAUGGUCAAGUUUUGGACACAGCUCUUAUGGAAACAGAUGAGUCAGAGACAGACAUUCCAUUUGACAACAUUAUUGUCUUUGAAAAUGUGAGCCAUGACUUCAAGCUGGAUAUAGAAAUUUACUACACUGUUUCAUCAGAUAAUGCAGCAAACAGAGCUUCAGGAGUGAAAAGGCCAUUACGAAGAACUCAAGCGGGCCACGAGGUCCCCAAAUUUAUACUUGCAGGGCAUACACAACUGACAGUGGAUCACCUUCAUCAGAGGAUCAAAUCACAUGACCUCAAAACAGGUUUGGUUGGAGCAAGCCCUUUAGCAUCCACUGUAUCUACUGAGGAUUCAAACAUGCCAAGACUAGCUUUAUGGGGCCAGAUUUGUUGUCGUCUUGCUGCUAGACCUGCUUGUGUUGAACAAGUCCGUAUGGAUGGUUUUCUUGAACUACAGAGAAUGACUUGCAGUCAGUUUUCAUGGUGUCGGCUCUGGUGUGUUUUGAGACAUGCGACAAUCAAGUGCUGGGACUGUAAAGAAGACUCCAAUCACAGAGAUCCCGUAGAAUGCAUAGAAAUAAAACCUAAAAUGGAUAUUACAGACACAGUGAGUCCCACCUUCCAUCGUCGCCACAUCCUAAUACUUACAAGUCAAACACCCGAGAAGGAGCCAGUGUUGGCGUGUAAUUCGGACGAAGAGUAUGUCCGCUGGAGAGAUGCCUUACAGCAGGCUAUUCUGGAUGUGACAGCUUGGAAAGUUUCCUGCAAACAAGACAUGACUAUUGUUUACCCCUCAGUGCAUAAACUUCCUCCUGUGGAGACAAAAACUUUGUACGACUCGAUACAGGUCACACUGUCAUCAACUGUUGAACCUUGGAAAGCAGUUGACAAACGAGUCCCUCUAGAGGAACUGAAAUCAGUACCAGCGGAUUCACCAAGCAUCGAAUGUACGUAUGACAUCUGGCAAAGAAGAGUCCCUGAAAAUAGAAGCUUCAGAAAGGGAAAGAAAAAAGGUGUGGACGAGAAUGUGUUGAACUAUGAAACCACAAUUUGAAUCUGAAGACCUCUGCUGGACGUAAAAACUCCUGAUUGUUUCGUGGAUCAAAAGAACCCGCGGCUUCAACCCACCUGUUUUACUUUCUUUGUUAUUAUUAGCUGAGAAUAUUUGCAGCGCUCAGGAAUGAAAUUUUAAAAAUAUUACAGCUUGGAAGAUUCAUGAUUGAGCUCCUGAGUGCUGCCUUUUGUUCUUUUCGUUAACAAUGUAUGUUGUUUUAUCAACAAAGAAAUGAACCAUAUUGUGUUCUGGUUAUUUGUAUAAAAGUAGCUAAGUGUAAUGGAGAUAAUUGUUUUUGGAUUUGAAUAUAAAUGUAAACUUAAUUAUAUAAAAUAUAUAUAUUUAAAUGGUUAAAAAAAUUGGCUGAAUGUUUCUCUGACUGGACAUCAACUAACUUGAUGGUGGAGUUUGGCCGCUCGUUACGUGGGAAAUGAUGGCAGCUUUACUGGUACCAAUGAAAAAACGUUAAGUUACAUGACAAUCCAAGCUAUAAUUUUUUUUACUUUUUGUGACCAAUCAGAUAAUAAAGAUUUUUG